UUUUGACUAUUUUCGCCUGACGAUAGUAUAUUUAUAUCGGGUAGUCAGUCUGCUACAACGCAGAACCAGGCACAUAUUUGCUUCUUUCACGUUGCCACACCUCAUUAACACAACGUGUUGGCGGUAGUUAAUAUAUUGACGUGAUAAAGUAUCAUUUUUAUCUUUAUUUUGUAAAACAUUUAAUAAAACAAUUUGUACGGUUUUGACUUAAUAUUCACUGAUGCAGCGUGAUAACUAGAUAUUCACCGUUUAUCAUAAAUUUUAGAUUCGUUUGUCAAGAAGUUCUUAAAUGAUCGUGAAAAUGUCGCUAAAUAUGUGAACUGCAUGAAACUUGCUACUAAACAGUACUGGAUGCCAGAAAUAACACAAGAGUUACAGGACGUAAUAUCUGACAUCAACUCAUACAGUAUGUAUUUGGAUUACUGAUUUAUUUGUUUAAUCCCAGUCAAUUAUUUGACCAAAAUGUGUUAUAUAUUUCAGUUUAUUAAUUCCAUAUUCAAACAAUGUAUAAACGUAUUAUUGGUGAAUAAAAUCUAUUUUCAGUCUGAUAUAUCAUAGAGAAUGAUAUCUAUGUAAACUUGUACAUGACUUAUUAUGAAGUCUAUUUAUUACUUAAUUCUGGUACAUGUAGAAAUAAAAGUGCCGGAAUCGUCGACUCUACACCAGUGUAUCAACACGAAAAUAUCCAAAUAUAACGAUAUUUUCCGAUUGUCUACAUUGGUUAUCGAGAUAUACGAAGUUAUGAAGAAUUACAAUAUAAAUUUAUUGAAACAUCGUCUUCUAACAAAUAUUGUCAAUGAAGUUAUCCGACGAAACACAAAAGUGUGAAUUGUGAGUCAAUUAAAUAUGUUUCAUCGACCAAAUACUUUCGUGUAAUUAUCAGUUAUAUAUAAUAUGGAAAAUGAAUUUACUAAUGAUUUUGAUUGAUGCAAGUGUCAAACACAAGUUGAUCAUAAUUGUGGCGAUCACUAACGCGGUUGGAAAUCACAUCUUGAAUUCCGUCAUAAGCCAAAAUCCCAAUGUCUGUUUAUUAUUUUUGAAUAAACAGUGAAAGACACCGAGGAGAGUUCGACAACGCAAUCAAAUGAAAAUCUUGAUUAUUUCGUUUGAAUUCGGAUAAUUUACGGUGAAUUCUAUUUCAGUUUGUCCAGUUGGUAAAUAAAUUUAAUUGUGAUCAUUUGUGUUGAAACGAUAAAUGAUUUAACAUAUUCGUUAUUGAUUACACGAAUCAGAUACCACUUUAUAACUGUGAUUCUUUCGCAUGAUUAUAAUAAAUUUACAUGCAUGAUUUUAUUUAGUCUAGAUGAUGGUCGAAAGUUGUUGAAGUCACGUUUCAAAAUGAUGAUGAUAAUCAUUGUGAAUUAUUUGGUUAAUUUCGUUCGGAAAUCGUUUCCAUAACUGAUUUAACAAGUGUUCUAUUGCUCUUCUUCUUCUUCUUCUUUUUCUUGUUCUUUGAGUCGUUCUAAUGUUGAUAUGUUGCACUUACAAUCAAGUAAAAUUUCGAGAAUACUGCAACACAUACUGUAACCUUAUUUUGAUGCACUCGAAUACCAAGCACAUUACUAUGGAAUUAUUUGCUUACUCUUCAAUAAUCCACUUUAUUUGUUAAAUUAUCACGAUUAUGCUUUUACACCUUACUUGAAUGAAUACAAGUUUUUCUGUCGUUA